UUGAUAAUCUUGUGGUCAAAUUUAAAUAAUUAACAAGAAGCAUAAGUUGAUCAAUUAAUUAAUUGUUAAUUAAUUGAUAUAAAAUAUUUGAUUUUAUAUAUACGAUGCAAGAAGGAUGAUCAAAUGACUCUCACUGAUUGCUCAUCCUUAAAAUAUGAUAUAUUUGAUAUAUUGUAUUAGAUAUAUGUAUGUAUGUUAUUCUAUAAUAUAGUUGCUUGAAUCCGGCAAACAUACAUAAAACAUAUUAUAUCUUCCAAGUGAUGAUAUAAAUAUUUAAACUAAAAUCCCUCAUUUUGAAUAUGAUUCAAAAUUUAUAUCAAGUCAUAAAGGAAAAAAUAAAAGAGUAUAUUUUUCACUGCCUUCCAUCAACGGUGGUUGCAUGAUGAAAGCUACUCGUAGUCAGUGUCUGGCUCGGGCUUGAACGUCGAAAAAUUGUGUCUUCCACUGACAUAAAUGAUGUGGAUUGGGUGGAACUCCCAUGACUUCGGCUCAUAUCAUUGAGGGAAUGCAUGGUGACCAUCAAUUAUAAUCUAACAUUGAUGGGUCGGCUUGACACGCAAAGAUAAUCGGCGUCAUAUUAUUAGGCUCUUAUCAAACGUGAGGCGAAUUACAUAGAGGUUGCAUAUGAUGUAAUUGAGUUUUACCUUUUGGGAAUUAUGAUCGGCUGAUAUCAUUCAGGGAUCACAAUUGGCUAAUUGGCUAAUUGGGCUCUAUGUACUAACUUAGGAAAUAUAAUUUCCUGUUUCCAUUAGAGGGUGAUCGAAAUGUCAAAAAUAGUGGGAGGUAAUUCAAAAUAUAAAGGUCCACAUAUUUUAUCUUAUGAAUUAUUUAAAAUAAUUAGUAAUAUUAAUUAUCUAUUUUAUUUCAGUAUAUUUUCGAUAUGACAUCUCGGAAUCCACUAUCUGUGAUACUUGAUUAGAAUAAAUUAACUGGACCUAACUAUUCUGACUGACUAAGAAAUUUAAAGAUUGUUCUGGCAUCUGAAAAGAUUGCAUAUACAUUGGAUAAGGCACCUCCAAAAGAGGCUCCUGUUAAUGCCACCCUUGAUGAGUUGGAAAAGCUUGAAAAAUGAUCGAACCAUAAUCUUCAAGCAAGAUGUUAUAUGUUGGCUUCAAUGUCAAAUGAACUGCAAAGACGGUUUGAGGAGACUGUGGAUGCUAAAGAUAUUCACAUACACCUACAAGAGUUGUAUGGUGCACAGACUUGUUCAGUCAGGCACACAACUGUCAAGGAGCCCAUGACAGCUCGUAUGCAAGAUGGGGCUUCGGUCCAUGAGCAUGGAGUUAAGAUGAUUGGGCUUAUUGAAAAGUUGUUGAGCCUUGACUUGGUUAUUCCACACGAGCUAUUGAUAGACAUCAUAUUGUUGUCUCUCGCCUCCUCAUUUGACAAUUUUUUGGUCAACUUCAAUAUGAAUAAAAUAGAGACUACCCUUGAAGAGAUAGUCAAUAUGCUUGCAAACUAUGAAGCAACCAUGAAAAAGGAAAUUUUUGUUUUCCUAGUAGGUUCAUCUUCUAGAUCCAAGAAAGGACCCAAGAAAAAGGGAAAGAAGCGUUCUGCUCCUAUGAAGAAGAUUAAGCCUAAUAAGAAGCCAAGGCCCACAAAGCCUAAUCAGUCAGAACAUGUUUGUUUUCAUGCAAUAAGCCUGGACAUUGGAGGCGCAAUUGUAAGGAGUAUCUUGCUCAGAAGCGUUUUGGCAAAGAUGAUGACAAGAAGUAAAAGACUUAGAGAGGGUGAGACCUUCUUGAGACUUGGAAAUGAAGCAAGAGUUGCUGCGAAAGCUAUAGGAGACAUUACUUUGAUCUUGAGCAAUGAUUUUAAGUUGUAUUUAAGAGAUGUUUUAUUUGUCCAAACUUAGUUAAAAACAUUGUUUCUAU